AUGAAAUUUUAUAAAUGGGCAGUGAUGAACACUGUGGUGACGGGCUAUAUCUGUGAUCUAACCGCUUCAAUCGUGGCUCCAAUCCUCAUCGAUCAAUAUAUUGGUUACUAUGUCUGUUCCCCACUUCCCUUCCAUCCACUUGUUUUUCAUUGCAUUGGUAUAUCCCUCAUCAAACUGGGCGCCGAUGCGUGGCUCGGAAUCCCUUUUGUCCUGGUAACGCUCAUGUUUGCCUCAUUCAAAUCAAUCAACGGUCACAAUUGGCUUUUGUCAUGGAUGUCUGGAGUAAUCGGAAAGAGAUUAACAACAUUGGCUCAAGCAUUACUUCCUUCGCUUCAACGUAAUUCAACUCAAAGCCACGUCUCACCACAAACCAUUCAAAUGCAGAAGCAAUUGUUUACGGUUAUGGUUGGACAGCCCUAUCGACAAGCAUUACUGAAACUUUUUGGUCUUUCCAAGCAUCAAUUCGUCGCCGUUCGACCCUCGCGGAGCAUUUGCAUUCUGGAAUUGAGCGAUUGUCACAACGGGAGCCAAGUUCAU